AUUCGAGAAAACAUCGUGUUCAAUCCAUACCCUGAGCUCAGGCCGCGUUCCACGCCCUAUGCAGCAAUGGUCGUAUCCAGCAGCAACGUCAUUAUUCGCCGCAAUUGUUUCAAAAAUCCAAAAGCCACUUACGAAAUUGGAACAGAACUGACGGAACACGCGAAAAGAAUCGAUGCUAAGGAGAACAAUUGGGGAUCGCCGGACCCUUCCCAGUUCAUGAAAAAAAUAUUCGAUCAGUUCUAUCGUUACUCUCUCGCGGUACUUGAAGUCGAUCCUUAUGCGGCUGUAUGUAAUCAACGAAAUCCUCACAUUACUGAACUUGAGGAGUUUUUCCGAGAGUUUCGUAAGGACUCACAACCAUUUGUGCUUGGCGGAACCAUCUAUGAGAACCACGACCUCGCUCCUGGAAGGUAUACCGUAACCGAUGACUUACAUGUAGUUCCUGGAGCAAAACUUACCAUAGCACCCGGAUCCACACUUGAAUUUCACGAUGGUGUGGGAAUGCUUGUGCAGGGAGAACUAUCCAGAACGGAGUUUUUCGGUCCUGAGAAGAAAGUCAUUUUUACUAGCAAACCCUUUACUCUUGCAAAGAAUAAGAAUAUUCGACUAGUUGAUGAAGAUGGAAGUGAUGAAGUUACCGAAGGACGGCUUGAGGUUUUCAUUGAUGAUACUUGGGGUACAGUCUGCAAUCGGACCUGGUCUGCGAAACUCGCUCAAAUGGCUUGCAAUCAACUUGGACUUGUUUCUGACCCUGAAUUUUUUGAAAAUUGGAGAAUUUUCCGCUCUAAAGGAGACUUGCCCAUGAUUGUGGACAAUAUCCGUUGUGAGGAGAACGAAGUCGAUCUCACUCGAUGCCGUCACGAUGGUAUUAGUCACAAUGUGCCAGCCGGCUGUCGCGACACUGAGGUUGUGGCCAUACGUUGCGCGGAACCUCGUUGGGCGGGAGUACGGUAUUCGCUAUUGGCAAAUCCUCCCACAUUCACUGGACAGACUACUAUGCAUAACUGGAUCAUUGAGAAGGCUGGUCUCUUCGAUUUUCGCACUCCUGAAUUUUCUCCAGCACUUCAAAUAGACUGGAACUAUCACGUUUUCCAUAAUCUCGAAAUCAAAGUGGGUUUUUUAAAAAAAAAUUUCAUGCAAAUAAUUACGCCUGAAAUUUCAGAAUAACU